AUGCCUAAAAUCGCCUUUGCUUCUCCGGAGGAAGCAAAUGCUCUUCUUAAAUGGAAAGAAAGUAUUCAUAUCCCAAAUAACUCCACGGUCUCUUCAUGGCUUCGCCUUCCUAUGAAUUCCAGUGCAUUGUUUCCAUGCACUUCUUGGUUUGGAAUAGUUUGUAAUGCUGACGGGAACAUUCAGACGUUGAACCUCAGUUCAUCUGGAUUAAAAGGUACACUCCACCAAUUUUCAUUUUCUUUGCUACACAAUCUUACGCAUUUUGAUCUCUAUGAGAACAACUUCUUUGGGCCCAUACCACCAGAAAUCCGACUCCUCUCCAAACUUGUAUUUCUUGAUUUUUCAGUGAAUCAGUUUUCUGGCUCAAUUCCUUCAUCAUUGGGACAUUUGACAUCUUUGAAUUUCCUUUAUUUAUCCCGAAAUCAACUCUCUGGUCCCAUUCCUACUGAAAUUGGGAAUUUAAAGUCUCUCACUGAUUUUGCUAUGAGCUACAAUCAACUUAAUAAUUCUAUUCCUUCAUCACUAGCAAACUUGAGCAACUUACAAGGACUGUACCUAGCUGCGAAUAAUUUUUCUGGCCCGGUUCCUAUUGAACUUGGGAAUUUGAAGUCUCUCAUUGAUCUUGAGUUGAGCAGCAAUAAGCUUAGUGGUUCUAUUCCUUCAUCAUUGGGUGAUCUGACAUCUUUGAAUUCUCUCAUUCGUCUUGGGGUGAACCACAAUCAACUUAGUGGUUCUAUUCCGUUAUCACUAGGAAACCUCAGCAACCUACAGACUUUGUACCUCCAUGAGAAUAAAUUAUCCGGUCCCAUUCCUAUUGAAAUUGGGAAUUUGGAGUCUCUUUCUGAUCUUGCGGUCGGUAACAAUCAACUUAAUGGUUCUAUUCCUUCAUCGCUAGGAAACCUGGGAAACUUAGAAUGGUUGAUCCUCAAUGAUAAUAAAUUUUCUGGUCCCAUUCCUGGAGAACUUGGGAAUUUGAAGUCUCUCACUCAUUUUAAGUUGAGCGGCAAUCAGCUUAGUGGUUCUAUUCCUUCAUCAUUUGGUGAUUUGAUAUCUUUAGAUGGCCUUUAUAUGCAAUACAAUCAUCUUGCUGGUCCCAUUCCUUUUCAACUUGUGAAUUUGAAAUUUCUCACUGAUCUUAAGUUGAGCAACAAUCAACUUAGUGGUUCCAUUCCUCCAGAGUUUGGAAACUCAACUCAACUACAAAGGCUUGAUCUGUCUUCGAAUCAAUUGGUUGGUGAGAUCCCAAAGGAGUUUGGUAAGAUGAAAAGUAUGUUGUAUUUGUACUUGUCUCAUAACCAACUUACAGGUAUUAUACCUCUAGAGUUUGAAUUCUGUCAACUCCUUGAAGAACUCGAUCUCUCUAGAAAUAGAUUGAAUGGGUCAAUACCAAAAAGUAUUGGUCAUUGGGCACACAUCCACUACUUGAAUCCUAGUAAUAACCAACUUAGUGAGAAAAUUCCAUCUGAGAUUGAUAAAUUAGUUCAACUUACAGAACUUGAUUUAUCUCAGAAUUUGCUCACAGAAGAGAUACCAUCUGAAAUUCAAAGUUUGCAAAAAUUGGAUCUUUCUCAUAAUAGACUAUCUGGUUCUAUUCCUAACGCGUUUACAAGUUUGCCUAGUGGGAUUGACAUUGACCUUUCCAACAAUGAGCUCAUAGGUCCAGUUCCGCUUUGCUCUAACUUUGUGAACGCGUCCUUACAAGGAAAUCCAGGUGUAUGUGGAAAUUUUACAGGACUAAAACUUUGUGCAAGUCACAUCUUGAAGAAGAAAAAUGUUCCCUUUCAUCAUCGGCGCAUCCUUUUCAUUAUUCUCCCUAUUAUCGGGGCAAUUUUACUUGGUUUACUCAUGUGUGGCGUUACUGCUUAUCGAAAACAAAAGAGACAUUCUCCACAGAAACCAUUGGACAAAGAAGUUGGUGAUUAUUUCUCCAUAAAAAGAUUUGACGGAGGAGUAGUGUAUGAUGACAUCUUGAAAGCAACGAAUAAUUUUGAUGAAGCAUACUCCAUUGGGACCGGAGGAUAUGGGACUGUGUACAAAGCCGAGCUACAACCUAACAAUGUGGUAGCAGUCAAGAAACUUCACUCAUCAUCUGAGGAUGUUGAUCAUAAUGGAUUUCUUAAUGAGGUACGAGCAUUAACAAACAUAAGGCAUCGAAACAUAGUGAAACUUUAUGGAUAUUGCUCACAUGCCCGGCACUCCUUUUUGAUUUAUGAAUACCUUGAAAAGGGAAGCCUUGGAUCAAUCUUAAGAAAUGAUGUUUUAGUAACAGAAUUGGAUUGGUUGAAAAGGGUAAAAAUUGUAAAGGCUCUAGCUAAUGGGUUGGCUUAUAUGCAUCACGACUGCACACCACCUAUAAUUCAUAGAGACAUUUCCAUUGCCAAUAUCCUUCUUGAUUCCGAUUAUGAGGCACAUAUUUCUGAUUUUGGUACAUCCAAGCUUUUAAAGCUAGACUCAUCCAACUGGACCGCAAUCACAGGCACAUAUGGCUAUAUCGCGCCAGAGCUUGCUUAUACGAUGGUGGUGACCGAGAAAUGCGAUGUGUAUAGCUUUGGGAUCGUGGCACUAGAAGUGAUCAUGGGAAGGCAUCCUGGUGAACUACCAACAUUGCAUGCGGAUUAUCUGGUGUUAUCAAAUGUUGGAGAUAGUCGGAUUCCACUUCCUUCACCACAAGUUGAGAAAAAAGUUAAUAUGGUACUGAAUCUCUCAAGAGCAUGUUUGAACUCGAAUCCACAAGAAAGACCAACAAUGCACCAAGUAACAAAUCUGUUGAUGAAGGCUUGAUAUUAAUUUACUUUGAAUGUUAUUUGCUUUUGUCAUGUUCCCUAUAUGCAUCCUGAUAAUAUGUAUUCAUUUGAAUGCCUUUUUGUUAUGAAACUUCUCAUAUGUUUUCUUAAAUCAUUAUGUAAUAGAUAAAAAAAUAAGUCAGUGAAGAUUGAUA